AUGCUAGCCUCGGACAACCUCUGGAGCGACCCCGCAGACAGGAAGACCCGCAAGAACAGGGGGGGGGCGGGGGGGUUGCACGACAACCCGGAAGCUGAUGAAGGGCAAGAAGGGGCUGGGGAUGGGGACGGGAGAGCGCGCAGCGUCAUGAUCUUCGUCAGCAAGUGUCGCAAGUGCCAAGAGUUAUCCGAGACGCUGCUGGAGCUGGGAGUGGAUUGCACUCCCCUGCACUCGUUGCUGGGACAGCGCCGUAGAACUGCCGCGCUGGGAAAAUUCAAGUCUCAGCAGACGAAGGUCUUGAUCAGCACGGACGUGGCGAGCCGUGGGUUGGAUAUCCCCGCAGUAGACCUGGUGAUCAACUUCGACGUGCCAAGAGUCGCUACGGACUAUGUCCACCGGGUGGGAAGGACAGCUCGCGCUGGCCGCCGGGGCCGCGCCGUUUCCUUGGUGUCACAGUACGACAUCGAGUUGGUCCACAACAUCGAGCAGUACACGGGCACCCCUCUGGGGCUUUGUCCGGAGGUGGAGGAGGACGACGUGCUCAAGCUGCUCAACCAGGUAGCAAAGGCUUCAAGGGUGGCAAGGAUGCGUCUCAUGGAACAGGGGUUCGACGAGCGAGAGACCUCAAUCAAAGAGCGUAACAGCCGUCAGCGAGAGUCCAAGGGCGAAGGAGGCACCCACAGCAGCAGCAACGGGGGUGGGCACAAGGAGGCCCGAACGGGAGGGGCGUUGGCAACGCCGAGCAAAUCGAGAUCGAAGAAAAAGAAGCGUGUUGCUGCUGCUUCUGCUGCGCCAAAGAGCGGCAAAUAGCCAGAUAGAUCACUUAAGCUUCGGCUCGAUUGGAAGGCGACAUGCGAGGCGCGCUGAGGGUGCAACAGUUUGGGCGACGGUGUCAUGUUGGUGGAGCCAAGAAGCGCAGUUUUUCAGUUGUGCCCUCGAGUGUUGCGUGUCUUUUCGUCGAAUUUGUACUCUAGCGCCAGUCUACACCUCUCGUUGUAAAUUUGACGUAUCAACCAGGGUCACGGACGAGGAAGGGUCAUCUAGGGAUUUUUGUAGCUAUGUCCCACCCUCCCCUUGUCGUGCAUCCUUCGAUUUUGAACCUGCGGAGGGUUCAGCAGUCCCUUCCCUCCUGUAGCGUAUACUCACGAAUAAUUUCUUUCUCCGAGUUUUCUUUUCCACGCGAAUUUUUUUUUGUUGGUGGCGAGACAACUAAGCGUUCAAAAAAACUCUUGCCAAGAUUGUGGCGUUCUCUAGGUUUUUAGUUUUUGUUAAGCCACAUGAAUCCGGUCGCCCCGGUGGUCUACAUAGUUGGUACUCUCGAAUCCUUCAAGAGGUCAGGUCAGGGGUUCGAAUCCCGGCGUAAGCGAGUUUUUUUUUGCAAAGUGAGUUUUUCUCUCUCGCUUCCGCUGCUGGCCUAGUGGAUAGCGCUAGUUCGUGUGUACACAGAGGGAAGAGAGUGCUGAACUCUUCUCGCAUUUAAAAUCGAAGGCAACGUACCGCAGGAGGGGAGGUUAGAGAGGGGCCCUUCUGUGUGUCC